AUGUCUGCUCAACUUAAACAUAAGGCCGUCUGGGAGGCCAGCCCCCUUGCAUUCCUCUCCCGCCAAUUCAUUGAGGGUGUUCCCAAUAUCCCCAAAAACGUCAACCUAUCAGGUCAAACAGCCCUUAUUACGGGCUCAAACGUCGGUCUAGGAUUUGAGAGUGCCCGUCAGCUUCUCGCUCUUGACCUCUCACACUUGAUCAUCGCAGUGCGAAACCAAGCCAGAGGUGAUGCAGCAGCAAAGAAGCUCCGCAAUGAGUUUCCCAACGCCAAAAUCCAAGUAUCACUGGUCGAUAUGGCUUCUUAUAAGUCAAUCCAGAGCUUAGUCGAAUGGUGCGAGACAUUGUCGCGUCUUGAUAUCGCCAUCCUCAACGCUGGCUUGAGUAGACCCCAGUUUGAGCGAUCGGAAGCGUCAAAGCAUGAGAUGACCCAUCAGAUCAACUACCUCUCUACAGCUCUACUUACCAUUCUACUUAUACCCGUCCUCAAGACAAAACGUGGAACUUCUGGACCUGCGCAUCUAAGUAUUGUCGGCUCCGACAUGUCGUACUGGGCACAAUGGACCGGAACCAACGACUCCAUCUGGGAUGUGAUCGAUGACCCGGCCCAUUUCUCCAGUAACGGCGCCUACCAAAUUUCCAAGCUUCUUCUUAUAAUGUUCGUUGAUAAGAUUUCCCAGCAUGUCUCUCCCCAAGAAGUCAUUGUCAACUACCCCAACCCCGGCGCCUGCAGAGGAACUGAAUUCGGAAAUGACGGGAACAGCGGCCUAGUGGAAAAGAUCUGGAUGGCGUUUGCGAAGCCCAUCAUCGGAAGGACAGUUGCUACAGGCGCCCGAUCCUACGUUGAUGCUGUGGCCGUCAAAGGCAUAGAGAGUCAUGGUAGUUUUAUUGGCGAGGGCAAGAUCAAACCUUUCCCCGUGAUGAUGUAUGAGCCAGCUGGAAAGAUGCUUCAGGAGACUGCAUGGAAGGACUUGAUGGAGGAGUUAAGCUUUGCGAAGCCAAUGGAAAUUCUCAAGUAA